AGAGAACAGCCGGAGUAAUAGAUGGUAAACACAUGCUUACAAUAUCUGAACUGCAUGUCAUCUGAAAGUGCUGUCUUUUAAGGUUAACCCGUAUCUACGGUGAGACUAUGUGAAUGCUCUCUCUCAGAGUCUACCUUAAAAUAUCAAGUGAGGUCCACUUUUGGAUUUGUCCCAUGAGCACCACAUUACACAUGGUUACAAAACAUCUGGAUAACUAAAGACCUGGAGGAGUUUAAAGUGAGGCAGCUGCGAGGAAGCACAGCAGACGGACUGAUUUCUUCAACAUGAAUCCUGCUCUGGUGUUGGCGUUGUCUUUGCUGACUACAGUGGCAGCUCAGUCCCACGACCAUCAUGACAUGGGUUGGGUCAACGGCUACCAUCAGAGCUUCAACUUCCAGUGUCCCCAUGGAGAGGUCCUCGUGGCCGUUAGGAGCUACUUCAGCGAGACAGAUGGCUCGGACCGCCUGUGGACGUUUGAGUGCCAGCCCACGCCUGAGGGUCUGGGGGAGCCCAGUGACUGCUGGUGGGACGACAUCAGCCGUGCUGGGAUGGAGUGGACUUCAACAUGCACCCGCAACGGCCUGGUAGCAGGCGUGCAAAGCAAGUACUUUGAAUCUGUUCUUGACCGGGAAUGGCAGUUCUACUGCUGCUAUUACAAACGCCGCUGUCCCUACUCCUGCAUGAAGACCAACGACAUUCCUGAACACUUCAGAGAAGAGGCGGAAAUGGUGAUCCCGUCUUAUGGCUACUUCAUCCGUGGUGCCCAGACCACCUUUAGUGGAGUGCUGAGAGAUCGGCAGUGGAAGUACAUCCUGUGCAGAAUGACAGACUUUGACUGUGAAUUUGAAAAUGUAUAGACUUGUAAUCAGCAUUUUGAUGUUGUGUUUUUUUAACGAAACAUACAUAGUUACUCUUACAUUUAAACAAAAACAUGGAACUAACAUUAUACAUAAGUGAUAUGAUUCAUGUUUUCAUUCAUGUAUGUACUUUUGUUGAAUGAAUGAACUAUAGCCAUGUGAUGUAUGCCUGUAUAAUCACUGUUUUUUUAGUUUGGCAUGCAAAAAUGACGUUAAAUGUCAGAAUAAACAUAAGUCUAAAGAGGAUUUGGGCUCGAGCAGAUACUUAAGAAAACUUUGGAGGUGUUUUAAUUCGGAACUGGAAGUCAUUUGGCAGCAUGUGAAAGUGUUUUUCCAUCAACAAAGUCAAUAAUCUGAUGCUGUGGUUGUGGUGGGAGAAAACACAGGCUCUGCUCCAACAUCUUUUAGAUGAGGUCACUAACAGCGAUGGCCAAACCAGAGUGGUUUAUUUGAACCAUUUUCCCGGUUAUAAAAGCAUUCUGUGAGCUACAGGGCGUGAACGAUUAGGAUAUUGUCUUGGAAGUCACACUUUAUAAUUGUGUAUGUGUUGCAAGUAAUUAGACGCUUCUUUCAGAAUCACUGGCAACAGAAGCUUUUAAUGCAAUGAAGAGUGUCCCACUCGUUUUUAAUAACUAAAAUGUCUUGUUCAGUUUGGCAAUCACAGCCAUGAAGUUUAUUGUACUGAACUCAUGUAAUACUGUUUGGAAAUAGGCUUAAAAUCAUUUCUUUCUUUUGUUUAUUACUUUGUAAAGUCAUUUAUUUGGUGUGUA